AAGAGAGGGGCUGGCUGAGGGAGGCGCCUCUGGGCCACUGACGUCCGAGUCACUCGUAGUUUGAUUUGUCAACAGAGAGCUGGGCGUCCUCGGCCGUCACACAAAACGGGCUUUACGGUACAGAGUAGAUGAGCUUGAGAGGGGAUGCACCACAGAUAUGUGUAGGAUGACAAGGACCGAGUAGCAUUUUCCGUGGUCGACUCUAAAUUUAUUUAACCGACCGUGGCGCUUGGCUUUACUCGCGCCGUGUUAUUUUCACUUGCAAUAAAGUCGCGAAUGGGCUCGAGAUCAAGGAUCGCGAGGAUGCGAUGAGAAAGAGGAAAAAAAGUCUUCGAGCUGGAAUAUUUCCGCCGGAUGGAUUCACUGAUGCAGUUUCGCAAAUGCGUUGAAAAUGGGGGGGAAACCGCAACGGAAGCGCGUGUGUUUUUGAGUAGCCGAGGCUUGUAGUUUGCAGUUAAAUUAAAGGAGCCGUUUUUCCCCGCUACACCUGCCUUUUAAUUACUCCGCAGACUGGUGGAUAGACUCGCUGAUGCCAACAACGCCAGAUUGCCUAUAUGGCAGGAUCAUGAAGUUUUUGACGUUUUUCCUUUUGCUUCCAGAAACCUUAAAGAGGACUAGAAAGAGUGGGAAACAGCUCAGCAAGCUGCCAGUAUGCUAUGAAAUCGUGACUUUGUCCUUGAGGAAGAAGAUGGCUGCAGAACUCUAUCCUGCCAGCAUAAACACCAACCUUCCGAACGGUAACGGCACAGCGGUUACAUCUGCCAGCAAAAAGAGCAUCGUCCAAGUCACUCAAACGGUGACGACGCCGACUACAACUGCCACUCAGCAGAACAUCAACAAUAAUAACGUCGAGACCGCCAGCUGGCAGUCCACUCACCCGACGCUGCGAGAGAGGAAUGCUUUGAUGUUCAAUAACGAACUCAUGGCAGAUGUUCAUUUCGUUGUGGGUCCGCCUGGCGCAUCCCAAAAAGUUCCAGCGCACAAGUAUGUGCUGGCGGUGGGGAGUUCUGUUUUUGGUGCCAUGUUUUACGGAGAUCUAGCGGAAGGAGAAUCUGAGAUUCACAUUCCUGACGUGGAGCCUGCUGCUUUUUUAAUUCUUCUUAAGUACAUGUACAGUGAUGAGAUUGAACUUGAAGCGGACACAGUGCUGGCCACUCUGUACGCUGCCAAAAAGUAUAUAGUGCCUGCACUGGCUAAAGCCUGUGUCACCUUUCUGGAGACUAGCCUGGAGGCCAAAAAUGCCUGUGUGUUGUUGUCCCAGAGCCGACUGUUCGAGGAGCCUGAGCUGACCCAGCGGUGUUGGGAGGUCAUUGAUGCUCAGGCCGAGCUGGCGCUUCGCUCUGAGGGUUUCUGUGAGAUUGAUCUUCAAACGCUGGAGAUCAUACUAAAGCGAGAGACUCUAAACACCAGAGAGGCGGUGGUCUUCCAGGCAGCUCUCGAUUGGGCUGUGGCUGAAUGCAAAAGGCAGGGACUGGGACCAACCUCUCGUAAUAAAAGGGCAGUACUGGGCAAGGCUCUCUACUUGGUUCGUAUCCCAACCAUGACCCUGGAGGAGUUCGCCAAUGGGGCCGCACAGUCAGACGUUUUAACUCUGGAAGAGACUCAUGAUGUCUUCCUGUGGUACACGGCAGCCAAUAAGCCCAAGCUGGAAUUCCCGAUGCAGAAAAGAAAGGGUCUGACGCCACAGCGCUGCCAUCGUUUCCAGUCCUCGGCUUACCGUAGUAACCAGUGGCGCUACCGCGGACGUUGUGAUAGCAUUCAGUUUGCGGUGGAUAAGAGGAUCUUCAUCGCAGGGCUCGGCUUGUACGGUUCCAGCGGUGGAAAGGCAGAGUAUAGCGUCAAGAUUGAACUCAAGCGCCAAGGUGUGACCCUGGCCCAGAACCUAACAAAAUUUGUUUCAGAUGGAUCCAGCAACACCUUCUCGGUAUGGUUUGAACACCCAGUCCAAGUGGAGCAGGACACCUUCUACACAGUCAGUGCCGUAUUGGAUGGGAACGAACUAAGCUACUUCGGACAGGAGGGUAUGACGGAAGUGCAAUGUGGAAAGGUGACCUUCCAGUUCCAGUGUUCCUCAGACAGUACUAACGGAACGGGAGUACAGGGGGGUCAGAUCCCAGAGCUGGUCUUCUAUGCCUAAAAUUGUCCGUAUUACAGUGCAUUCCACUCACUGGAAUUAGGAGGGAUUGAAUACAGGGUCUUGUGAGGCUCUAGCCUUUAUUAUGUAGCAGAUGGUAAUGGCGCUUCAGAACCACAGCGGACUCAGAUGGAAGGAAUGUUCUUCAGCUUUAUUUAUUGCAAAAAUUAUAUAUUUGAUUUAAUUAUUGACACUGCAGCAAGCAGAUCUCUAUACAGUGUGUGUGUGUGUGUGUGUGUGUGUGUAUGUAUAAUAUACACGCACAUAAAUGAAGAUAGUUGUACUGCUCUGAUAGUGGACGGAAGCCACUAGUGUGUCAUGUUUUGUACAUAAAUUAUUUGUUUUCAGCUUGAUGCUGACUGACAAAUAAAAUGUCUUGUAUUAGUGAUCAGCUUCCUGAACUUCAGAUUAUAAAUGUUUUUGUGACUCAAAUACAAAGUUGUUUUUACUUAUUCAUGACAUGCAUAAACAAUUAUGCUAUUCUGCUCAAUCCUGAUUUUAGUAAUGAAGAGAGGUUGAACUAAAUCUAUAUUUUCAAUGCCCUAAAAGUGUAUGGUAUAUACACUAAAAUAAAAUACUUUGAAUGAGGUAA